UCCGUUUUUCAAACUGAUAAAAAUUUACUCGAGCAUUUCCGUUUCUCUCCAAUCUCCAGAUUUGUCGGCGGUAAAGGUUUGAAACGUUUGAAAGGCCGCUGUUUGUUCCAAUUUAAUACGCAAUUUAAUUGAAACUGUAAACCCGUUAUCAGAUAUUAAGGAUGCUGAGUCCAAACGCAACAUACCAAAUACCAUCCGAGUUAUAUCCAAAAACACACGGUCUCUGAUUGCAUCACAAUAUGACUGUCUCCAAUCCCAAGAAUGUGUUUCUCACAUCCCUUAUAUCCGGUGGUACUGCAGGCACAUUAGUUGAUGUGGCAUUGUUUCCACUGGACACUCUUAAAACUCGAUUGCAGAGUCAGAAUGGAUUCCUGCGGUCUGGUGGCUUUAAUGGAUUGUACAGGGGAAUUACACCUGUAAUAGUAGGCUCGGCGCCAACAGCUGCAUUGUUCUUUGUGACUUACGACAGUAUUAAAGCUUUGUUGAAACCAAGAGUAGAUGAAAAGCAUCACGUUGCUAUAUACAUGGGUGGUGCUGCUUUUGGUGAAAUGGUGGCUUGUCUAAUAAGAGUGCCAGUUGAAGUGGUGAAACAGAGACGUCAAGCUUUUCUGCCCAAGAAAGAAAGGUUCGGUAUUCGAAUAUUGUACCGCGGUUACUGGAGCACAGUUUUGAGGGACCUACCCUUCAGUCUAUUGCAAUUUCCGCUAUGGGAAUACUUGAAACAAAUUUGGAAGCGCAAAUGUGGCAGGGAAUUAGAACCAUGGGAAGGAGCAGUGUGCGGUGCCAUUUCAGGUGGAGUCGCAGCGGCAGCAACAACGCCACUAGACGUAGCCAAGACUAGAAUAAUGCUUUCUAGGGUAGAAGCUGGUCGUUCCGAUUUGAAAAUAUCCCGGAUGCUCGUAUCGAUAUACAGAGAAAGUGGAGUGCAAGGGCUCUUUGCUGGAUUUGUACCACGUGUACUAUGGAUCACGCUCGGUGGAUUUAUAUUCUUCGGCAUAUAUGAAAAAACAAAAGUGAUAACUGAUAAAUUUCUUCCGACGUCGACUGAAUCUGAAUCAACUAUGCUUAUGACACAGAGUUUUCAGAAUAAUAGUAUAUUGGAAUAAUCGAGUGUGAAUGCAGCUUUACACGCAGGAAUUCAUAGUAGAGAUUCACGCUAGUCUGUUCGGUUAGAAAAAAACUAGAUCGAUAUGAGGUGUACAGAAGGAAGAAAGAAAAACAUAUAACAACAGUUUUUAUUCUUCUGUAAAAAUACAGUCUGAACUGCACAUAAUGUACAUACAAAAAAUAGAUUUUCAGGUAUAGAUACAGUAUAAUACAUCGUCAAUCAUAUACAA